UUUAUAAUUUACUUUGCUGAAAAAAAUUAGCUUUAUGUUAAAAUACAAAGUAUCUCGAGUCUUUACUCUAGUUCAUGAACUUGGACGCUGGAUGUUAAGGUGGUCACAGUGGUCAUCUUCCGUGUCAACUUGCUCUUCCUUAAGAACUUCACUAACCUGCAUGAUCUACAUAUCCACAAAAAGACUUUCGCUGACAGUCGAGAGUGUUCAAUCUUCGAGCAAUUGUUUUUAUAAGUCUUUGAAAAUGCCUCCAAAAGGGAAAGGUGGGAAAAAGAAAGGGAAAAAGACUGAGAAGAAGAUUACCGAUAUAUACCAGCAGCUGACGACAAGAGAAGCAAUUUUAGCUUUUCAAACUGAGAUAAAAGAGCGAGACCUUGAGCAAUUGACAGAAGAAUAUCGCGUAUUAAAAGAAAAAAACCGCAAACUUCGCUAUAGGAAUGAACUACUUAAAAAAGAAAAAGAAGAUCAUAUCAAGAUGCUGUUGAAACAAUCAAAAUCAAGUGAGAAAGAAGUUGAACAAAUUGCAGUUGUCCAACAAGAGGAAGUUGAAAAAGCGAUUGCUGAUAAAAUAUACACCAUCAAAAAAUUGAUAAGCGAAGAGGAAGAAUUAAAGGCGAAAAUCAGAAGUUUAAAGAGUGAAAUAACGGAAACGAAACAGAUUGCUUCUAUUAGAAACGGUUAUAAGAUAAAUGGUCAAGUUGUCAAUAGUAAUGAGAUCAAUGUGCUUAAAAAGAAGUUAUCUAACAUGGAAAUGUCUGUUCAAGAGGUUUCAACGCAUUUAAAUCACAGUUUAAAAAUUGCAAAAGAGGAAAUUCAACAACAGGCUGAAGCAAUGUUAGCAGAUCAGAAAAGACUUGCAUCCGAGGAAGCAGUUAACUCAAUCAAAAAAGAUGAUAGGCAGGAAUUUACUGACUAUCAAUGGCUCAAGAAAGAGAUCAGUAUUCAUAAGCGGGCUGUCGAAGAUAUGUCACUGAUUGUCGAGACUUUAGAACAAGAAAAUCUUGAGAUUAUGAAGGAGCUUUUCGACUGUAAACUUAAGGAUGUAAACUUUGCAAGAAGUUUUUACUUGUCAUCUGUCAAUCAAGAAGAUGAUUCUAACGAGGAAGGGAUAUAUUCUCAGCAUGGUGUCAUCAGUGAUGUGCAGGAUGGUGAACAGAAUGAAGAUAAUUUAUUGGACAAUUAUCUGAUUAUUGAUGAAGAUUCAAAUCUGGAUUCGUGUAGACUUGGUCCUUUGGAGCUUCCUUUAUUGUCAGUUGUUGGUAAGAAGUUGCCAGUUCAUGAAGCAAGAGAAUCUCAACUCCAUAUAAUGAUAAGUGAAGGUCAGGAUUUGAAUAAAACUGAUUGUGACAAUGAGUUCUGGCCUAUAUCACAUAAUAUGCUUCGAACCCUUGCAAUCAAGUGAUUUUCUUGUGAAACAAAUACUUUUGAGAUUUUAAAAUGAUUUAAAUAAUUCAUAAAUAUAUAGUUCAGUGUUUAUAA